AUGCUCGUCGGUACAUGGAAUGUUGGCGGCAAAUCUCCACACGAUGGACUAAACCUCAAUGAUUGGUUAAAAACCAAAUCCCCAGCUGACAUUUAUGUACUAGGGUUCCAGGAGAUUGUACCGCUAAAUGCAGGCAAUGUGCUAGGGCCCGAGGAUUGUGGCCCGGCCGAAAAAUGGCUAUCCUUAAUCCGACAAGCCCUAAACCGUAAUCCCGAGGACUCUGUGUCCAAACAGUCCCUUACACCAAACAACCAAUAUUCCAAUCCAAGGGUCAGCUUCUCGGAUUUGCUUUCACUAGAAGACGAGGAUUUCGCAAAUUUGAGGUCGAUUUCCUGCUCCGGUGAGGUGGGUUCACCUGGACCGCUCAAUGAAGCAGCUGAGGAGUUAGCAUACUGA